AUGAAGAUAGUUGGUUUUGUUUGCUACAAACAUGUUCCAGAUGCUAAGAUAAAGAAGUUGGAUGACAUAAGCAGAGUUAUGUUGCUUGUAGGGUACCACAAUACAAGUGCUUAUAAACUUUAUUGUCUUGUCACUAACAAGGUUGAAUUCAACAGAGUUGUCAUUGUGAAGGUAUCAGAAGCGCGAGAUUGGAGUAAAUCUCAAUCCAACUCUAGUGUAGUGCCAACUUCCGAAGAUACUUCAGAAUCUAAAGGGUCUGAAGAUGAGUCAGAAUCAGAAGAUGAUUCUGAAGGUGACUCUGAAGGUGAGCCUGACUCUGAAGAUGAGUCUGACUCUGAGGGUGAAUCUGAUUCUGAUAUAGAUUCUGAUGGUGAUUCAGACUCUAGGAAUAUUUCAGACUAUGAAGGUGGUCAUACCUAUGAAGGUGAUACUUUUGGGGUUCCAACAUCUGAUAUUGUUCCAGCAUCCGAAGAAGAUUAUGAACAAGUUCAGAGGCCAUAA